UGCUCUUGGUAUCUUAAACUCUGGCAAAAUAUAAUUACCCUCAAAUGUUACUGCCUUUUUGACUCGGCUGCUUCGAAAUGUUAUCCGCUAUCUUUAGGUUACUGGUCUGUUGCUGCCUCGUUGUUGGAGGUUUAGGUUUUUGUGGUACUUAUGAGUAUUAUUGUACACUUGACCGAUGUAUUGGAGCUACAUGGGUGUGUGAUGGAAGUAAAGACUGCGAAUAUGGAGACGACGAAUCAGCAGACAAUUGUCGUGAUGAUGUAUAUCCACGAUUUGAUCUAUGUCCAGACGACAUAACUGUUGUUACGAACCCCGGAACAAAUUACCAAACAGCCAGGUGGAGGGAGCCAAGGGCAAGAGAUAAUAAAGGUAUUAAAUACAGAGGAAAAUCAGAUUCGCCAGGAAAUAGGUUUUAUCUCAGGAACGGAAACAGCACGGCUCAUAAUGUACGAUACUGGGCCACUGAUUAUGCGGGCAACACUGCUUACUGUACCUUCAAAGUAAUCGUCAUGGAUAAAGAGCCACCGAAAUUAGAGUGUCCACAGGAAACAUCUAACUACUAUAAGAUGGAAUACGGUUUUAUGCUGAUCUCUAUUGACGAUGGAAGCCCGAAUGCCACAAUCACAUGGACGGUAAAUGCUACUGAUAAUAGCGGAGUUUCGCAUAUCACAAGUUUUCCGUACCAAUCUGGUGAUGUGUUCCCGAUACGACUUUUUCCGCCAUACGAAACUACAAUAAGAGCAUCAGAUCCGACCGGUAAUACAGAUGAAUGUAUUCUACGUUUUGCUGUUGUUGAUACUGAAAGUCCUGUUGUAAAUUGCCCAACACGCGUUAACAGUUACAAUUUUGUUGUACGAACAUCUCACUCCUCUUGGACGGUGUUUUCAGAUACUGACUCCACACCUGUUCAAUUAUACUGGUCACCAGCAAGCGCCACCGAUAACAGUGGUACUAUAGUAUCUGUUUCUUCAAAUUACCACCCUGGUGACGUAUUUCCGGUCAGUAAUGUUGCCUAUCAGAUCACAUACACCGCAACUGAUGACGCUGGCAAUGUGGGAAAUUGUUCAAUCUUUAUAACGGUUGAAGAUGACCGUGACAGUGGCAGCAGUGUUAACAGUGAAAGAGUAUGUAAUUCGAGAGAAUUUCAGUGCGAAAAUCAGGAUUGCAUUCCAAUUUCAUUGCAAUGUGAUGGUAAUACGGAUUGCUCAGACGAGUCUGAUGAAAAGGUUGAAAUAUGCCAACCAGAUCUUGAAUUACCAGAAUUUGUUGGAUGUCCAAACGACAUAACUGUUAAUACAGACCCGGGAACAAAUUACAAGCAAGUCAGUUGGAGGCAUCCGGAAGCAUACGAUAAUAGAGGAAUCAAGUAUAGGGGAGCAUCGCAUUGGCCAGAUUGGAACUAUUACCUCGUCGACGGAAAUUCCACGGUCUAUACGGUACGGUACUGGGCAGACGAUUAUUCGGGAAACACGGGUGAAUGUGUCUUCACAAUAACUGUUAUUGAUAACGAGCCACCAAAACAAGUGUGUCCAAAGAAUAUAUCUAACUUCUAUAAGAUGGAAAACGGUGUUAUUCUGAUCUCCACUGAAGAAGGAAGCCCGAAUGCCACGAUCACAUGGGCAGAGGAUGCUACUGAUAACAGCGGAAUGCCGCAUGUCACAAGUUUUCCGUACAAAUCUGGUGACGUAUUUCCAAUAAGAAGUUUUCCUCCAUACGAAACUACAGUAAGAGCAACAGACCCAACCGGUAAUACAGAUGAUUGUAUUCUACAGUUUGCUGUUAUUGACACUGAAAGUCCGGUUGUGACUUGCCCAACACAAUCGAACAACGUUGUUUCAAGAGAAUCUAACUCUUCUUGGACAGUGUUUUCCAAAGGCUCCAUACAUGUACCUGUUCAAUUGUAUUGGUCUCCAGCAAAUGCCACUGACAACAGUGGCACUGCAGUAAAUGUUUCUUCAAAUUACAGGCCUGGUGACGGAUUUCCGGUCAGUAAUGUACCUCAUCAGAUUACGUACACUGCAGUUGAUGAAGCUGGCAAUGUGGGAAAUUGCUCAUUCUUUAUAAAAGUUAAAGCUCGUAUCUACCAUGGCUGUUUUGACGAUAUCACCUGGACUUCAGCUGUCCCAAAAUACGAAAAUUUGACAAUAGAUUGGUGUACACAGCAUUGUUACGACUUAAGCUAUCCGUACGCUGGAUUGCAGGGUGGUGUUUUUUGUCAGUGUAUGGGUAUAUAUUUAGAGUUUUAUCGAAGACCAGAACAUGAAUGCAAUACGGUUUGUAGUGGUAAGCCGCAAGAAAUAUGUGGUGGUGCUUGGCGAAAGUCCAUCUAUUACACAGAAAGAGUAUGUAAUUCGAUAGAAUUCCAGUGCGAUAAUCAGGAGUGCAUUCCAAUUUCAUUGCAAUGUGAUGGUAAUGCCGAUUGCUCGGAUGGGUCUGAUGAAACAUUUGAAAUAUGCCUAAAAAAACCUUGUAGGGGUAAUCAGUUCGACUGUGGGAAAGGCAGAAUUUGCAUUCCAUUAAAUUGGUAUUGUAAUGGGAACAACGACUGUGAAGAUGGUCUCGAUGAAGCUACUUGUGAUUCUCCACAACUUAACGGAUGUCCAGACGACUUUACUGUUGGUACAAGUCAAGGAAGAAAUUACACAGAAGUCUGGUGGACAGAACCAAGCCUGUCCAGUAAUACAAGUAUUAGGAUAAGGGAACAAUCAAACUCGCCAGGAGAUAGAUUUGAAAUCAAAGAUGGAAAAUCCACAGUACAUACUGUGCGAUACUGGGUACAAGAUGUAUACCGUAGCGAAGCGCAAUGUCUCUUCAAUAUAACUGUCUUUCCCCGAACCUACUUAGGUUGCUUUCAAGAUACCAGCUGGACUGAAGCUGUUCCACGUCACGAUGAUUUGACGAUAGAUUGGUGUAUACAACAUUGCUACGAUUUACACUAUGCUUACGCCGGAUUACAGUACGGUGUUUAUUGUCGAUGUAUGGAUGAAUACACAACCGGCAGUCCAUAUUACAAAAGACCCGAAACUGAAUGUAAUAAGGAUUGUGGCGGUAACGCAAAAGAAAUAUGUGGAGGUAAUUGGCGGAAAUCUGUCUAUACCACAGAAACAAUAUGUAACAGGGCAGAAUUUCAGUGCGAUAAUGAUGAAUGUAUUCCAGUUUCAUUGCAAUGUGAUGCUAACACGGAUUGCUCGGAUGGGUCUGAUGAAAACGUUGAAAUGUGCCAGACAAGACCUUGUAGAGAAAAACAAUUUGACUGCGGAAUAGGCAGUAUUUGCCUUCCAUUAGCCUUGUAUUGUAAUGGGAACAAUGACUGCGAAGAUGGUCUCGAUGAAUCAACUUGUGAUUACCCACAACUUUACUAUUGUCCAGACGACAUAGUUGUAGAUACAGACUCAGGAAAAAAUUACUCAGACGUCUGGUGGUCAAGUCCAUGGCCGUCCAGUGUUACAACUAUUAAAGCGAGGAAACAGUCGCACACGCCAAUACACAGAUUUGAAAUGAAAGAUGGAAAACCCACGGUUUAUACUCUGCGAUACUGGGUACAAGAUGUAUACCUAAAAGAAGCGGAAUGCCUCUUCAAUGUAACUGUCAUUGAUAAUGAAAGCCCUGUUGUAAACUGUCCGUCACAAUCAAGUAACUUUGCUUCAAGAGAAUCCAAUUCUGCUUGGUCAGUGUCCACAGACAGAGGCUCCAUAUUUGCUCAGCUAUAUUGGCCGCCAGCAAAUGCUACCGACAACAGCGGUAUUGUAGUAUCUGUUACUUCAAAUUACAGUCCUGGUGACGUGUUUCGCCUCAGUAAUGUUGCCUAUCAGAUCACAUACACUGCAAUCGACGUCGCUGGAAAUGUGGGAAAUUGCUCAUUCUUCAUAACCGUCGAAGAUUUGGAGAGUCCAUCAGUUGAAUGUCCAUCUCAUAUAGAAACAACCUCGGCACUCGUAUCUUGGGACAUCAUGAUUAGUGACAAUGUUGCAGUUGUUCAUUACUUUUCAAAUGACACCCGUGUUAAGACUAAUUCUUUACUAAAUGGCAAGUCUUUCACUCUGGCACAAAGUGGAACUUUUCCUGUUGGAACAACUUUCAUUGAAUACUUGGUGACAGACUUGGCUUGGAACAAAGGGAAAUGUGUGAUCAAAAUCACCGUCGAAGACACUAAAACACCGUCAAUAACUUGUCCUAGAACUUUCUCUAAUUACUACGACUAUAUAUACGGGUACCAUCGCAUUGUUACUGAUUAUGGUCUGUCCUACGCAACAGUCAAAUGGUCUCCACCAGAAGUUGAAGACAAUAGUGAAGGGCCUGUCACGUGGGAAAGUUCCCCUUAUACAUCAGGUGAUAAGUUUCGAGUAUCUUCGAGUAUUCCCGCCAUACACUGUGAAAUUUACUGCCUCCGAUUCGUUUGGCAAUAGUAGUUCCUGUUACGUAUAUUUCACGAUAAUAGACGUCGAACCGCCGAAUAUCACAUGCCCCGACAAACAUCACAAACUACUACGAUACAUACUUUAACAUUAAUAGAGCUACAC